CGCCAUCUUCGCGCGCCGGAAGUCCGGCCUCGGAGGCGGUGGAAGAUGGCGGCGGCGAAGCGGAGUGUCUUGUCGUCGUUGGCGGUUUACGCUGAGGAUUCGGACCCGGAGUCGGACAGCGAGGCUGGGACGGCGGGAAGCGAUGGAGGAGCGGCCACGGGAGAGAAAGGAGGCCUGGUCUCAGUUGGGUACGGAGAUGAUGACUUCACCCGCCUGGAUGGUGACGAGGACGGGUAUGAAGAAGAGGAUGAUGAGAACAGCAAGCAGUCAGAAGAUGACGAUUCAGAGGCUGAAAAACCUGAGGCUGGUGACCUAAAGGAACUCUCAGAACUGGAGAAAAGAGAUCCUCAGGAGCUAGUUGCUUCUUUUUCAGAGAGGGUGCGGAAUAUGUCUCCAGAUGAGAUCAAAAUCCCUCCUGAGCCUCCUGGCAGAUGUUCUAACCACUUGCAGGAUAAAAUUCAAAAGCUAUAUGAGAGGAAAAUAAAAGAGGGCAUGGAUAUGAACUACAUCAUUCAGAGGAAAAAGGAGUUCCGUAACCCCAGCAUCUAUGAAAAGCUGAUCCAGUUUUGUUCAAUUGAUGAACUUGGUACAAAUUAUCCAAAGGACAUGUUUGAUCCUCAUGGCUGGUCAGAGGAUUCCUAUUAUGAGGCAUUAGCUAAAGCCCAGAAGAUUGAAAUGGACAAAUUGGAGAAGGCCAAGAAGGAACGCACAAAGAUUGAAUUUGUGACUGGCACUAAAAAGGGUACAACAACAAGCGCUGCUUCUACAACAACCACAACAGCCAGUACCACUGUGGGAGAUGCCCAGAAGAGGAAGAGCAAGUGGGACUCGGCCAUCCCUGUAACAACGAUAGCUCAGCCCACCAUUCUCACCACUACUGCAACACUGCCAGGUGUUGUCACAGUGACAACCAGCGCAAGUGGAUCCAAAACUACAGUCAUAUCAGCUGUUGGCACCAUUGUGAAAAAGGCAAAGCAAUGACUGGUGUGCUAGGCCUGGAUUUUUGGACUCAAUUGUCAUUGAAGCCAUUGUUCUUGGAGGGGAGGGGUAGCUUUUGCCUUUGGGAAAAGAUGACAAGAUUCUUUGCAGCAGACCACAAUUCCCUUUGGAAAGAAUGGGGGCAGGAGCAGGCAUGCCAGCUGUGUGCCCACAGGAAUGGACUGCUUCUGAAAAAUGCUUCUGCCUUUUCUUGCUGAGAGAAGAACCAGUCUGUGUGCAUUGUGCUGGAGGAAGCUGGUAUCUGGAGUCAGCUUGUCAAAUUGCUGUGUUAGGGCCUUGCCCUACUUGUAAGUCUGGUUGGGGUGGGGAGGGAGAAGGGGGACAAAACAAACUGUACUCUAACUCAGUUCCAAGGGAAUUAAAGCAGAGACAAUUGGUCAGUGUCCAUCUUCAACUGUGUAGCAGAGACUUGAAGUGAUCUACGUCCGUGAAUGUAGACUGUUACAGUACUGACAUCUGUCCUGUGUAUGCAUCUGUGUAGAUCUUGCUGCCACAUGUUAAAUAGUUUUAACUGUUGAGGAAACUGUGCUGAAAUAGUCCUGUGACAGUCUUGCAGGGAUGGAUGUUUCUAUGUAGAACCCGUAAGCUGCAGAGGUUUGAUUUGUGAGCUCCUUUGCAAAUACCUGUGCAGAAAACACUUCCGUUGCUACAGAAUGAGAUUGGUCAGUGGAUAAGAGGAGAGUAUUGUGGUAUUGUCCAUCUUUUUACUAGAUAGUGAUGUACUGUGAAAUGCACAUAUGGCAGUUACUGCUUGCUCCACUCUCGUCAAAGAAGUAUUUUCAGUUGAAAAAUUUAUUGUAUAAAUCUUACCUGUGUUGCAAAAAAAAAAAAAAAAAAAAAAAAAAAAAAAAAACACCAAACCAAAAAACCUCACUAUAACAAACCCCCCCCAAAAAAAACAAAACAAAAAGAAAACAAACCAAACAAAAAAACCCCACAAAAACCAAAAAAAACCAGCCAAACCUGGUGUCAUUGAUGCGUCUGCAUUUCUCAUCUUGGUGGGACACCUUCCACUAGAGCAGGUUGCUCCAAGCCCUGUCCAGCCUGGCUUUGGACACUGCCAGGGAUGGGGCAGCCACAAAUUUUGUUGUGCUCUGGCCUACAGGUAAGUGCGUGAUAACUCCGUGGGAGUGGGCAUGGCAUGAAGGCUGCUUCACAUGAUCAGUCUUUUUUUAAAUCUCGGACUCUGGUGGGGAGAGGGGAAGGACAUUAAACUGUUUGUGAAUGAGAUGCUUUUGUUGUAGGUGGUGUUCUGAAAUAGUUGCUAAUUCAGCUGUUCUUAAUGCCCCUUGUUUGUUCCCCCUCUGCCCCAAACCUAUUCCUGCAUGUUGAACAAGUUGUAGCACUCACCUGGGCCUUCCAUAAAACCAUCACCUGUAGAGGCCCACCUCCUGAAAAGGAGCUCAAUAGACAGUGGUGAAGGGGAUUGUUCCUUGUUUUGAGGUAGGUGAGGG